AUGGACAUCCCAUUCCUUCACUGGACUGAAGUCCCACAUCGGCCUGAAUCUGAUGAAGGCAUCGACCAGACUGCAUCGCAAAAACAGCUGUUAACGGACCUCAUUUUCAAGAAGCUUGUGGACGAAGGAUCCAACAUCAGGGUUAUAGCAUGGUAUCCUCCGUCAGGAAAACACGUGGCUACGUGGGACAAGCGCGCAGACUUGAAUGGGCAUAUCUGGCCGGAGUGCGCAUACUACAAGGGCAGGGUGACUGGCUGGUGUCGUGUGAAUGAGGUCGUGGCUGUGCCUAUACCGAAUUUUCGGGAGGAGAUGGCAGAGUCGAGUAUUCUCGACUGUUAA